CCUCUUGAGGUUGUACAAUCCCACAAGGCACAAACUAGCUAGCUAGCCUAUCUAGCUGGCCAGCCGCUUGGAUUCGGGUAACAGCUAUGGUGAACGGCGUGAGAGAGGGGUAGCACCGCACCCACAGUUUCCAUGCUUGGGAGCUGCAAAUCGAUGGCUGCCAGCUUUCUGCAAACCAUCUCAAUGGCCCGUUAUCUUCUUCCUUUGUCGCCUUUCUCGUCAUCUUCUGUUCCACCGCUACCUUUCCCACCUCUUUCUUUCCCUUCUAUAUAUACUUCUUCUUUUUCUUCUUCUUCUCAUCGACCUUUAUUAUCUAUUAUCUAUCGUCCCCGGCCAGGCCAGUUCACAACCCAGAUCCCUAUUUCUUCUUCUUCCAACUCUGCUCUGUUUCUCUUUCUCUGAGUGGUUUCAUCAUCAUCAUCUGUUUGAUCGAUUCUGUGCUUUUGGGAACAAUGCCUCAUAGAAGAGUUGAUGGUCCACCAAGUAUUCGAGAUAGGGUCCAAGAGGCCCUCUCUGUUCACCGCAAUGAACUUGUUUCUCUCUUCUCCAGGUACGUUGCCAAGGGGAGGGGGAUACUGCAAAACCAUCACCUGAUCGAUGAGCUUGACAAUGUUGUUGGAGAAGACGGAGCCAUGCAGGACCUCAAAAAUGGUCCCUUUAGCCAAAUUCUGAAUUCUGCACAGGAAGCUAUUGUUCUACCACCAUUUGUGGCCAUAGCAAUUCGCCCAAGACCUGGAGUUUGGGAAUAUGUUCGUGUCAAUGUGUAUGAACUGAGCGUGGAACAACUUAGUGUCCCAGAGUAUCUUCACUUCAGAGAACAUCUUGUCGAUCUCCAGUACAAUCAAAACUAUGUGCUUGAACUUGAUUUUGAGCCAUUCAAUGCAACAUUUCCCAGACCGACUCGGUCGUCUUCUAUUGGGAAUGGGGUUCAAUUUCUCAACCGUCACUUAUCUUCAAUCAUGUUCCGCAAUAAAGAAAGUUUGGAGCCUUUGCUUCAUUUUCUUCGAACCCACCAACAUAAUGGGCAUGUGAUGAUGCUGAAUGACCGGAUCCAGACGAUAUCGGGACUUCAGUUUGCUUUGGCAAGGGCAGAAGAAUAUCUUUCUAAGCUCCCACCAGAUGCACCGUAUUCCCAGUUUGAAUAUGUGCUCCAAGGAAUGGGUUUUGAGAAAGGUUGGGGUGACACAGCAGAACGAGUAUCUGAGAUGGUGCAUUUACUGUUGGAAAUUCUUCAAGCUCCUGAUCCCUCAACCUUAGAGACAUUCCUGGGGAGGAUUCCAAUGGUCUUUAAUGUUGUAAUUCUGUCUCCUCAUGGAUACUUUGGUCAGGCAAAUGUAUUAGGUUUGCCCGAUACAGGGGGACAGGUUGUUUAUAUACUCGAUCAAGUGCGUGCCUUAGAGAACGAGAUGCUUCUUAGAAUUCAGAAGCAAGGACUAGAUGUUAUGCCAAAGAUUCUAGUUGUGAGCCGGCUCAUUCCUGAUGCAAAAGGGACAACUUGCAACCAGAGACUGGAGAGGAUCAGUGGAACACAGCAUUCACAUAUUCUGAGGGUGCCUUUUAGAUCUGAAAAAGGCAUCCUUCGUAAGUGGAUAUCAAGGUUUGACGUGUGGCCAUUUCUGGAGGCUUUUGCAGAGGAUGCCGCAAAUGAGAUUGCUGCUGAGUUGCAGGGUGUUCCAGACCUGAUCAUUGGCAACUAUAGUGAUGGAAACCUUGUUGCUUCUUUAUUGUCUAAUAAGCUAGGGAUCACACAGUGCAAUAUAGCUCAUGCUCUGGAGAAAACGAAGUAUCCAGAUUCAGAUUUGUAUUGGAGGAAAUAUGAGGAAAAGUACCAUUUCUCAUGCCAAUUCACAGCUGAUCUUAUUGCAAUGAAUGAUGCUGAUUUUAUAAUUACAAGUACCUACCAAGAAAUUGCAGGAAGGCAAAACCAUGUUGGACAGUACGAGAGCCACACAGCUUUCUCUCUUCCAGGGUUGUAUCGAGUUGUGCACGGCAUUGAUGUCUUUGAUUCCAAGUUUAAUAUUGUCUCCCCAGGGGCAGAUAUGACCAUAUAUUUCCCAUAUUCAGAAAAGCAAAUGAGACUUACUGCUCUGCAUGGUUCAAUUGAAAAACUUUUAUUUGAUCCCGAGCAGAAUGAUGAACACAUUGGCAUGUUGAAUGAUCGGUCAAAGCCCAUCGUGUUUUCCAUGGCAAGACUUGACAAGGUGAAAAAUAUAACAGGGCUGGUAGAACUUUAUGGUAAGAACAUGAAGCUAAGGGAGCUGGUUAAUCUCGUUGUUGUUGGUGGUUACAUUGAUGCAAAGAACUCCAGGGAUAGAGAAGAGAUUGCAGAGAUUGAAAAGAUGCAUGACCUUAUAGAACAAUACAAUUUGCAUGGUCAAUGUCGUUGGAUAGCAGCACAGAUGAACCGGGCUAGAAAUGGUGAGCUUUAUCGCUACAUCGCAGACACAAGAGGCAUUUUUGUGCAGCCUGCUUUCUAUGAAGCUUUUGGUCUUACAGUUGUGGAGGCCAUGACUUGUGGGCUUCCUACAUUUGCGACUUGUCAUGGUGGCCCUGCUGAGAUAAUCGAGCACGGUGUUUCAGGAUUUCAUGUCGAUCCGUAUCGCCCUGAUCAGGUUGCUGCUCUGAUGAUUGGUUUUUUCGAACAGUGCCAAAAGGAUCCACUGCACUGGGAAAAGAUCUCUGCUGGUGGACUUAAGCGUAUCUAUGAAAGGUACACAUGGAAGAUCUACUCUCAACGACUGCUGACACUGGCUGGAGUUUAUGGCUUCUGGAAGUAUGUCUCAAAGCUUGAGAGGCGGGAGACAAGGCGAUAUCUUGAUAUGUUCUACAUUCUCAAGUACCAGGAUCUGGUGAAAUCUGUUCCUGUGGCAGUGGAUGAACAAUGAACUUUCUCAAUGCAGUGUCUCCUCCUGGAUCUGUUUCCGUCUGCAGCUUCUACUUAGCUACUCGUGGGUGAAAAAGGCCAGCCACUGGCUGCUGAAUCUUUGUUUAUUUAGACCUUAGUGUUUGGUUUUAAAAUUUGGGACUCUUGUGAACUUGGCUAUUCUGCUGUUACUGGCUAUUUGUGCUUGACUAGUUCUGUUGUUACUGAAUAUUGUGCUUAUUAGUGUUUGAGAUAAUCCAAACAUCUUUAAUGGGUUGUAUGGUGCAAAUAUAUGGAAUAGUCUAUCCAUAUACUUAUCUUAUGUCA